AUGGAUUUAGAAGGAAGAAUUAAAGCUUAUCGUUUUGUUGCUUACUCAGCAGUAGUCUUUUCUAUUGUCGCUGUUCUUAGUGUUUGUGUAACACUUCCAAUGGUCUACAAUUAUGUACAUCAUGUUAAAAGAAGUAUGUACAAUGAAGUAAAACACUGCAAGGAAUCUGCUAAAGAUAUUUGGUCUGAAGUAAAUACACUCAAAAGACUUCCAGUUCUUUCUGGAAACAGAACUGCUCGUCAAGCCGGAUAUGAUGCUGGAGUUAGUGGUGGAUCUGCCUCUGCUGGAGGUUCAUGUGAUGCUUGUUGUCUUCCAGGAGCUGCUGGACCAGCCGGAACACCAGGAAGACCAGGAAAACCAGGUAAACCAGGUGCACCAGGACUUCCAGGAAACCCAGGUAAACCACCAGUUCAACCAUGUGAACCAGUUACUCCACCACCAUGUAAACCAUGCCCACAAGGACCAGCCGGACCACCAGGACCACAAGGAGCACCAGGAGAUGCCGGAGCACCAGGACAACCAGGAGCCCCAGGACAAGAUGGAGCACCAGGACAACCAGGACCAAAAGGACCAGCCGGACCAAAUGGAAACCCAGGAGCCCCAGGACCAGAUGGACAACCAGGUGCACCAGCUGUAUCAGAACCACUUGUUCCAGGAGAACCAGGACCAGCCGGAGAACCAGGCCCACAAGGACCAGCCGGAACACCAGGACAACCAGGAGCUCCAGGAGCACCAGGACAACCAGGACCAAAAGGAGCCCCAGGACCAAAUGGAGCACCAGGAAACGAUGGACAACCAGGAGCACCAGGACAAGCUGGAGCACCAGGAUCACCAGGAGAGAAAGGAAUCUGUCCAAAAUACUGCGCUAUUGAUGGUGGAGUCUUCUUCGAAGAUGGAACUAGAAGACGUUAA